AUUUAAAUACAUUUUUAACCCUUUACUUACAUGUUUUCCUUCUAAAUCUUCUCAGUGGCUGCUGCGAGUGUGUUCUCUCCUCUUCUUGGUGGUUUCCUGCAAUGCAGAGUGUUACAUUUAUAAACCUCGAGUCGAUCUGUUAUCCGUCGAAAGCAUAUUAGACAACAUGAAAGGCUGUAUUGACCCUGAGGGACAAACCCAUGACUUCAACUCCGAGUGGGAACACGACUGUUACAACUGUGUCUGUGCACAUUCUGGCAUUCGCUGCUGUAACAAGAUCCCUUUAGCAAUUGAUCAUCCUGAUGAAUGCGAGAUGCUUGUCGACAAAACAACCUGCUCUGUCAAUCUAGUGCUGGUUUCAGACCACAGCAAACCAUGUGUUCUUGCUUAAUACAACUGGACACAACACACAUCUACAGCAUUGCACAGGCCUCUAACUGGAUGAAAAGUCUGACAAUCAAAUAAAGACUUAAGUGAUCCUACAAUAAAA